UUGUGACGUAAGACGCAAUACCUACCACGUCACGACGCACAUUUCGUUCUGGAGCGCCUGAGCCUCAGGAACUUUGUUGAGGGCUACAUGUGCCGUAUGUUUUUAUAUAAAAACUACCAGUCGUAUUUUACCUAACAGAGCUGUAAGCACAGGCGGCCAGCUGUGGUCACCCUAAAGCAACAUGUAUCGUCCCAAACCAACUCUGAAAGACCGGCAGCACCUCUACAAGUUAAUCAUAAGCCAGCUGCUCUAUGACGGAUACACCAGCAUCGCCAACAGUCUGAUCAAUGAAGUGAAGCCGCAGAGCGUGGUGUCGCCCUCUGAGCAGCUCAUGCAGCUGGCAAAGAUCGGCAUGGAGAACGAUGACAGUGCAGUCCAGUACGCCAUCGGGCGCUCAGACACCGUGGCCCCUGGAGUGGGCAUUGACUUGGAAUUCGAUGCCGAUGUCCAGACCAUGUCUCCCGAGGCAUCGGAGUAUGAGACCUGCUACGUUACGUCUCACAAGGGCCCGUGUCGUGUGGCCACCUACAGUCGCGACGGCCAGCUGAUCGCUACUGGCUCUGCCGAUGCCUCCAUCAAGAUUCUGGACACUGAGCGUAUGUUGGCUAAGAGCGCCAUGCCCAUUGAGGUGAUGAUGAAUGAGACAGCACAGCAAAAUAUGGAGAAUCACCCCGUCAUUCGAACGCUGUACGACCACGUGGACGAAGUCACCUGCCUGGCCUUCCACCCAACCGAACAAAUCCUGGCUUCUGGCUCAAGAGAUUAUACACUGAAACUGUUUGACUACUCAAAGCCCUCUGCAAAAAGGGCAUUUAAAUACAUACAGGAAGCAGAAAUGCUCCGUUCUAUUUCCUUCCACCCAUCAGGUGACUUCCUGCUGGUGGGAACACAGCACCCCACCCUCCGCCUCUACGACGUUAAUACUUUCCAGUGCUUUGUGUCCUGCAAUCCCCUGGACCAGCACACAGACACCAUCAGUGGUGUGAGCUACAACCCCAGCGCCAACAGCUAUGUCACCUGCAGCAAGGAUGGCAGCAUCAAGCUGUGGGACGGCGUUUCCAAUCGUUGCGUGACUACCUUUGAGAAGGCCCACGAUGGCGCUGAGGUCUGCUCUGCAAUCUUUUCCAAGAACUCCAAGUACAUCCUGUCCAGUGGCAAGGACUCUGUGGUAAAGCUGUGGGAGAUCUCUACCGGCCGAACACUGGUCAAAUACACAGGCGCUGGGCUGAGUGGGCGCCAGAUGCAUCGCACCCAGGGCGUCUUCAACCACACGGAGGACUACGUGCUGCUGCCGGAUGAGCGCACCAUCAGCCUGUGCUGCUGGGACUCUCGCACGGCCGAGAGGAAAAACCUCCUGUCUCUGGGACACAACAACAUUGUGCGCUGCAUUGUCCACUCGCCCACUAAUCCUGGCUUCAUGACCUGCAGCGACGAUUUCAGGGCCCGUUUCUGGUACCGCCGCACCACCACAGACUAAACACUGAGCACACCAUGCUGUGGGCUCCAAGUCUCAGCGACCGUCUCUCUGACCUGUGGCUUCUUUCAUUUUCAUUCAAAGCGAAAGAUGUGGGAGUCCUGAGGUGCCCACACGUACAUGGACACAUUUUUCCUACUAUGGUCAUUCAUUCUACAGAAUGUUAUAAUACAGACCGGACAGUUCUUCUAUGAUGAUGAUGACUACUUCACACGGAUGUCAUAUCAGCAGAACUACAAAACUUGAGUUGAGGGUUUAUUACUUUUAAAAGCCAACAGAUGAAUGAUUACAGACAGGAAACACCUCAUGACAAAACCACAUUUGGUCAUUUGUACUUUAAUAUUCAUCACUUCUCAGUAACACAAACCAAACCUAACUGAGAUUCAGAAUAGUUUUUCGAAUUUUCUAGUUUGUCCCCGUCCCUUUUCUUGUAAUAUUGAAUUUUUAUUAAAAAAAAACUAAAAGGAAGAAGUGUCACUUGUUU